UCCGUCACGUGGUCUGGUGUCGUGGGUCACCCUUUUGCAAAAUGGAGUUGUCUGAGUCUGUGCAGAGAGGGCUGCAAUCUCUCUCCGACUCGUCCGCCUUCGACCAGAGCAGCUACCAGGUGCUUCUGGACGUGUCUUUCCGGAGCCUGCUCUCCUCUCAAGCCGACCCGGGAGUCCUCGAUCAGCCCGAGCUGAAGCACAUAGACCAGAUCCUGCUGAAGCAGACUCACACUGCAGCGACCACAUUCAUACUGGAGGCGGUCAAACAAAACGCAGACAAGUCAACAUUAAGCUCCUGCCUUGAAGAACUCACAUUCAGUGCAGAGAGAAUAGAGAUAUUCUAUAGCACACAUCAGAAACAUAAAAAAGAACUGGAGCAUCUGUUGGCAAGCAUAGGAAGGUGUCCACCUCACGUUAACGACGUGUCGUGGCGACUACAAUACCACGUGAAGAACAGUCAGGUCGAUAAGGUCAGCGAGCCUUUCUACUCGAUUUCACUGAACACUGAGAAUCAAGGAUCAUUGGAAGAUAUAAACUUCACGUGCACAGUGGAGCAGCUACAGGAUUUGGUGGGAAAACUCAAAGACGCUGCCAAGAGUGUGGAGAAAGCCAGUCAGAUGUGAUGCCGCUCCAGUGUCCAGUUUCCACAGCACUGAACUCCAGCAGCUUCCAAGCGGCAUUGCUCUUCUCUUUAGAGCUUCUUUUGUAACUGAGAUUAACGUGUGAAACCAUGAUCAUUCCAACGUGUGUGCUUUUGAUUAAAACAGAAAAAUCAAA